ACAGAUAGUACUUAAGCACAUAUUUCUUGAUGAUAUAUGCCAACAGAUUUUCUACUUUUUGCAUGCUCAUCGUUUCUCUCUCUCGUUACAAUGUCUCGCACACAAUCACUACACAAAAUUUCUCAGGCAGGCACAUCGAAUUGUUGUGUUUAACGCAACCAUAUUCUUUCAGUAGAGGGUUAGCGACGCUAACGUCGCGCUACUUGUUAAAAUAUGCAAAGGUGGUACCUGAUUUUCUAGUUUUAAGAUAUCUUAUGCUAAAUAACUUUUAUUAGCUGCUGUUAGAUCAGAGGUAGAUAGUAGAAAAAUAUCAAGCAAUAUAAAAUUUUUGAUAAUUUUGUCCAAUGUAGCAUUAGUAGUACAUAAAUUGAGAAAUACAGUUGAUUUGUCUGCAUUAAAAUAAGUUAUCAAUAGACCAGUUGUUUCAUAGCCGUAUAGAGUAUGAAGAUAUUCAUUCUGAUCACAAAACGUUGGAAUAAUUCGGACACAAUCUUCGUAUUUUACUCAAGAUCCUGUAUUAAAAUAAAUUGUUAUAAAUAUUUUCUGUUUAAUAAACUAUUAUGAUGAAUUACAAGCGAUAUCACAGUAGAUUAAAUUUUCUUCCUUCAAGCUUGAACCAACACAUAUUACAUAAACAGGGGCGUUCUGAGGCAGCGAAGAUUGAGGAAAGGCGGGAAGCCAUGAUUCAGGUGGCCGAUUGAAAAAUAUCUGCUAAAGUUUAUUGAAUUUGGGCCGGAUGUUGAGCGUUUAUUAGGAGUAGAUGAGGAAGAAAAAUAAUAGAAUGCUGUAACUUCGUCGAAGACAAACGAAAGUUUUUUAAGAUUGGAGGAUCACUCUCUUGAUACGCCGGUCGGAACACAUCCUAUGCAUAAAUGAAGUCUUACAGUCAUAUUUUCUUAUUGAGAAUUUAUUUCAAUACAAUUUUCAGAUAUGCUUAUAUUUAGAUUUUCUAAGAUUGUCAUUGUGAAGUAACAAAAUUUUUAAUCUAGAAGUGUUUUCAAUAAAAAAUUUAAGAAUGAUCCAAUGCCUGAUUGAGCAUUGACAACCUUUGUUUCUCUUGUAUUAAGAAGAGCUUUUAAUGAUUCUAGUGCCUCAUGAUUUUUGUCUUGAUUUGUACUUUGAAAGUCGAUAAUAUACAUACUGGUUUCCAGAUCCCACUUAUCGUUCACCUUCGUGAUGACCGUUUCAACUGAAUAAGUUUCUUUUAUUUCGGCUGAUCAAAAAAACCAGUACCAGAGUACAGUUGCUCGUUGGAUUGAUCGAUUUUUAAGUUGACGGGAGUCGUUGGACGAUGAUCCUCGAAGUGGUCGUCCGUUAUCCAUAAUUACUCAACAAAAUAUUGAUGCUGUUAAAGACCUCGUGAAUGAUGAUCCACAUAUUAGUAUUGAUUAUAUUGCUACCAUCUUAGAUAUAUCACAUGGUAGUGUAGAUACUAUUCUCAAGCAACAUCUUGGCUUAAGAAGGAUAUCGUCAAGAUGGGUACCUCAUAAACUCAAUCAACAACAACGACAACAGCGUAUUGAUAUUUGUCUUGAAAAUUUACAAAAAUUUGAAAGUGGUGCAUGGCGGCCAUGUAAUAUAGUAACAGGUGAUGAAAGUUGGUUUUAUCAUCGAAAAAUUAAAUCAAAACAACAAUCUAACGCAUGGGUAGGAAAAGAAGAAAGUACUCCAACUGCAGUUAGAAGACAACUAUUCGAAGAAAAAACAAUGUUCAUUAUUUUUUUUAUGACAAAUGGACCAUUACUUAUUCAUCAGGUACCUUCUCGAACAUCAGUCAAUGUAAUAUAUUAUCGUGAUGAAUGUUUAAAAGCUUAA